UAGUGUUUUCUCCUGCAUCUGAGAUCUUAUGUUCGAAUCUCGUCUCCAAAUAUCGCUUAUCAAAAUAAAAAUUUAGCCUAUGAGAGAGUGGCGUUUUCUUGUAUGCAAAGAAUGCUGAAACGAAUUAGAUGGAAUAGUCAUGGUUUUGCCUUUCAAAUUUUCUCUAUAUAUUCCAACUACCAUUAGAGACUGCAUAACCAAACAGUCAAGCACUUGAUCGAAACCAUGUCUCCAAAGGCAACACUGCUACCAAGCCUAAUUCUCUUCUUUCUGCUCUCUUUCUUGAUCCCCUCGUCCUUCGCUGCCGACGAGCUGACGGUUUACGAAGCCCUCGAGGAGUACGACUUCCCGGUGGGCAUACUCCCCAAAGACGUAGUGAGCUACGAGCUGGACACCUCCACAGGUAAGUUCUCAGUCUACUUGAACAGCACUUGUAGAUUUACCAUCGACUCGUAUAAGCUGAAGUACAAGUCCACCAUAACCGGUGUUGUAACCACUGACAAGAUCUCUAGCUUGAGUGGCAUCGAAGUUAGGGUGCUCUUUCUGUGGCUGAGCCUUGUCUCAGUGACUCGUGACGACGAUGAGCUAGAACUCUCGGUCGGCAUCGCCUCCGCAAACUUUCCGGUGAGUAAUUUCGAUGAGAGUCCGACCUGUGGUUGUGGUUUCGACUGUGUGAAUGGUAAAAGAAUGAUUAAGAAUCUGGUGUCUGCUCUUUUAGGUCAGUCUUUAGCUUUUUAGUGCCAAAAUGUGGGUUUGGGCAAUGAUGUUGGAUCAAAAUUAAGAUUAAAUACGAUUUGUGAUUAAAUAAAUGUACGACUAUGUCACUCGUUAGCGAAUGUUUACUUGCUUCUCUGUAUGAUUUAUGAAACUCCGAUCUGGAGGCCGCCAAGGUUAUGAACUUGAGUAUACCAGUUUGAAUGGUUGUUGCAAAA